AGGCAGUGCGGGUCGCGGCGGCAGAGCUGGUGGACUCCGCGCCAUGGCAAGACCUGAGUGGCAGUCGCUGGAGCAGUGCUUGGAGAAACACCUUCCGCUCGCAGACUUGCAGGAGGUGAAGCGCAUUCUUUAUGGCAAGGAGACCAGGAAGCUGGAUCUGCCCGGCAGCGCUUUGGAAGCUGCCUCCAGAGGAGACUUUGAGCUGCGGGGCUACGGCUUCGAGGCGGCCGCGGAGCAGCUGAGAAGACCCCGCCUCGUGCGCGUGGGGCUGGUUCAGAACAGAACGCCCCUCCCGGCGGAUGCCCCUGUGCUGGAGCAGGUCUCUGCCCUCCACAAGCGCAUCGAGGCCAUCGUGGAGGUGGCUGCCAUGUGCGGCGUCAACAUCAUCUGCUUCCAGGAAGCAUGGACCAUGCCCUUUGCCUUCUGUACCAGAGAGAAGCUUCCUUGGACGGAAUUUGCCGAGUCAGCCGAGGAUGGGCCCACCACCAGAUUCUGCCAGAAGCUGGCCAAGAAGCACGAGAUGGUGGUGGUGUCCCCCAUCCUGGAGCGAGACAGAAACCACGGGGACGUCUUGUGGAACACAGCUGUGGUGAUCUCGAGUUCUGGAACCGUCCUGGGGAAGACGAGGAAAAACCACAUCCCCAGAGUGGGCGAUUUCAACGAGUCGACCUACUACAUGGAGGGGAACCUAGGCCACCCCGUGUUCGAGACGCAGUUCGGGAAGAUCGCUGUGAACAUCUGCUACGGGCGGCACCACCCCCUCAACUGGCUCAUGUACAGCAUCAACGGCGCCGAGAUCAUCUUCAACCCCUCGGCCACCAUCGGGGCACUCAGCGAGUCCCUGUGGCCAAUCGAAGCCAGGAAUGCCGCCAUUGCCAAUCACUGCUACACGUGUGCCAUCAACCGCGUGGGUGAGGAGCACUUCCCGCACGAGUUCACCUCCGGAGACGGGAAGAAGGCUCACAAGGACUUUGGCUACUUUUAUGGCUCCAGCUACGUGGCAGCCCCCGACAGCAGCAGGACCCCCGGGCUCUCCCGUAACCGGGACGGGCUGCUGGUGGCCGAGCUGGACCUCAACCUGUGUCGGCAGAUGAAUGAUGUCUGGAGCUUCAAGAUGACGGGCAGAUACGAGAUGUAUGCCCGAGAACUUGCUGAAGCUGUCAAACCCAACUACAGCCCCACCGUCAUCAGGGAGUAGCUGGUUCUGCCCCACCCCCACUCCCCGCCUGCCUGUAGGGUGGGGCCCUCUGUCACUGGGUGGAUUAGCAAACUCCGGUGGGCUCAACAAUCCAAGCUCUCCCUGUACACCACACUCUCCAGAUUGGCUUUAAAAUGCUCAGGGUGGGGGGUGGAGGGGAGUCACUGCUCAGCAGGUACAAGGUUUCCUUCGGGCUGAUUGAAAGUGCUUCGGGAUAGAUACAGGUGGUGGGUGUCCUGUGUUGCUGUGUGCUAAACACCUCUGGAUUGCACGUGGCGACAGAUUUCAUUUGCUUUGCUGUGAUGUGAAUUCUGCCUCUAUUAAAAAAAAAAAAGUAA